AUGGAGGAGGUUUUGGAGAGUCAAGAGCGAGAAAUAAGAGAAAGAAGGCGUAGACGAGCUGCAAGCAAAAGAGCGCAGAGAGAUCUAGAUCAGCAACUUGUCAUGGCUGUGGCCAUGCUUGAUGAAGAAAACCAGAGCAGUCGUGGUUCACAUGAAGGUCGUGCCCCAAAUGGUGAGUACGGAAAUCGGAAAGGCCAAAAAAGCAUCAUCCUUGAAGCCGUUGCAGGUUUCGAUACAUGGGUUUGGCACGCCUUUUUCGGAGUUGCUGGAUCUCAAAAUGACUUGAACAUCCUGGUUCAAUCCCCGGUGUUCAAUGAUGUUUUGAGAGGAGAAGCCCCAAAAAUCACAUAUGAAAUCAAUAAUACCAUCUACCAAACUGGGUAUUAUCUAGCUGACGGGAUCUACCCGAGGUGGACAACAUUCGUGAAAUCACUUCCGCAUCCCCAAACCCAGAAGCAAAAAUUAUUUGCUACAUAUCAAGAGGGUUAUAGAAAGGAUGUGGAGAGGUGCUUUGGUAUCCUCCAAGCUCGGUGGGCUAUCAUUAGGGGUGCGGCACGUAUGUAUGAUGAGGAGGUGUUGAGGAGCAUAAUGAUGACAUGCAUCAUCCUUCAUAACAUGAUUGUGGAGGAUGAGUAUGAUUAUGAAGCUGAAGAGGUGUACGAACCCGAUCCUAUGAACACGGCCUUAACCCGAAUUUAUGAAAAACCAGUAGGGCCAAAUGGAGGACCAGUGGAGCAUGAACCGUUAGUUAGAGAUGAUCUUUUCAUGAAUUGUAUGAUUGAUCGAUAUACGGAGAUGCAAUCUUCGUAUAUUCAUGAACGCCGUCAAGUUGACUUAAUGGAGCAUUUAUGGGCGAUGAAAGGCAAUGACGGUGAAUGA